ACCAAACAAAAAGUCUCAUGCUUUCGUUUCAUCUGUCUCCUCCGGCGACUUGAGAGGCCAAAUCAGACCAAAACCCGUCAAAGAUUCAAAGGUAAAACCUUUCGAUUCGCUCACAAAACUAGCCAAUGAAACUCACGCGAAACCCUAGUGGAUUCGCGUCUCUUAUCAAAUGGGUAUCACAAAUCUCUCAAGAAACCCACUUUAAACCCCUGUUUCCCGGAACUGGGUUCCUCCUCCGUCAUACCCAAAACCCUAGAUCCUUCGCCACCGUUAACGAAGUCUCCAGCGAGAAAUCGAGUGUGAGGAAAACCCAAAACGGGCUUCGAAUCACUCCCACUAUUCGUAAAUUGGCUGAGGAAGCAAUGUUGGAUUACUUUUAUUCCACUAGGGGUUUACAGUACAUGGUCGCUGAGAGUAUGAGUAAGAACAGUCCUCUUUUUGUUGAUAACCUUUUGAAGAAGGUUGACUGUGUUACCCCUUCUGAUAUUAACCAAUCUAUCACUAAGUAUCUACGUUUUCACCCUGUCAAUGAGUUUGAGCCUUUCCUUGAGAGUUCAGGUUUGAUGCCCACAGAGUAUAAUCAUCUGGUUCCUUGUGAUAAGGUCUUCUUGGAUGAAGAAGGUUUUUUGUUAGAGAAUCAUCAUGUUUUGUGUUAUAGUGGAGUUGAUCCUAAGAAGAUUGGGAAGAUUUUCAAAGAAGCUAGGGAGGUUUUUGGGUAUGAGACUGGGGUUUUAGCUUCUAAGAUUAAGGCUUAUGAGGAUUUGGGGUUUAGUAGGGCUUUUCUAACGAAGCUUAUCGUUUGUAGCCCGAGGAUUCUGGUUGGGAAUAUGAAUCUUGAACUGGUUAAGGUCUUGGAGACGCUGAAAGCUAUGGGGUUUGACUCUGAUUGGGUGAUGGAGAAUCUGUCAGAGGAAGCACCUUGUGAGUGGAGCUCUGUGUAUCGUGUUUUAAGCUUGCUUAGAGGUAUCUGUUUUGAUGAGGAUGAGCUAUGUGGGUUGAUCAGGAAGUGUCCAAGACUUAUUUUUGAGAAUUCAGGCAAAUGGACUGUGGUUCUAGUUGGGUUUGAAACAAAACUUGGGUCAUCUAGAAGUGAACUAUCUUCGUUGUUUCAGAAGUUUCAGCAGAUUCAAGUGGAGAAAUGUGUUUCGAAUAUAAGGAACUGCUUCUUGUUCCUGCAAGAAAUCGAGAUGGAAGAUGAUGAGAUUCAUAAGGUGUUCCGGUCUCACUCCUGGUGGCUUGGUUCAUGUAGGUUAAAAAAAACCAGUAGCUUGCUUGUAAAUUUGAAGACUGGGAAAGCCCGUUUGUGCCAGGUCAUUCAAGAUAACCCAGAGGAGAUGAAGAAAUGGACAAUGGGGUCAAAAAUCCAACCGUUACCAGCCACGGACGAAAAAACAGAGUCGAAAUCAAUGAAGACUCAGUUUUUGUGUUACCUCGGGUACAAGGAAAACUCAAAGGAAAUGGAGAAAGCACUCGAGAGGUUCUGCGGCAGAGGAUCUGAACUCCGAGAGAGAUUUAACGUACUUGUGAGUUUGGGUUUCAAAGUGAAAGACGCCAAAGAAAUGGUGAAAGCAUCUCCUAAAAUCCUCUCACAAGCAUUUGAUGUCCUGGAAUCAAAAGUUAACUACCUUGUUAAAGAAUUAGGUUAUCCGCUUUCGACUUUGGUUGAUUUCCCUUCAUGUUUAAAGUUCACUCUUCAACGGAUGAAGCUCAGAUUUGCAAUGUUCUCUUGGCUUCAAGCUCGAGGCAAAGUUGGUCCGAAGAUCAAAGUUAGUACUAUGCUCGCUUGCUCUGACAAAAUUUUCGUCAGUUUCUUCGUAAACCGUCACCCCGAUGGGUCUAAGCAUUUAGAAGACUUGAAGAAGCUGCACCCGAGUUGAACAAACUAAUUCCUUACUAUGUUUUGUAGCAUUACACCUUAAUCAAAUCUUGUAUCCAACUUUUUUUUGUAGUUGUUACUCUCUCUCUUCUAAUGAUAAAAAUUUUAAUUA